AUGGACGCCUUACCCACGGAAAUUCUUACCGACAUCCUGUCGAGGCUGCCGGUAAAUUCAGUUUGUUGCAUCAGAUCUGUAUCGAAGGCUUUGUUAAAGACGGUUGACGACGUCUCUUUUCCCACGUUGCACAUGCGGCGUCGUUUAUUUGAUAAUGUUCCUCAAGUGCCUCGACUUGUUCUUCUUUCUCGCUCUUGUUCCUUUUAUCAAAGGAUGCACCCAUUGAAAUACGACGGCAACGACUUAUUGACAAGGAGCAAAAUUGUUUCUGAAUUGGAGUCCCCACAGUGUUCUUAUACGCAUGGUUUUGUUUUCUGCAACUUGUUUGGCUUUACUAGUCUUAAUACGGAAAAUGGAAGGUCAUGCUUGUUGGUGAAUCCUUUCAAGCGAGAAUUUCUAAUGCUCCCAACAACGAGUGACCUCCAAGUUUAUAGUUUCUUCCAUGAUACUUACGGCAUGGGAUUUGAUAUUAUGACCAACACCUACAAGAUUGUUCGUGUUUCUCGCUAUCAAAAAGAAGUGGUGGCGGCUGAAGUUCUUGUAUUGGGGACAAGCUCAUGGCGGGAGUUACCCUCAGCUCCCCCUUGCUAUCCAUCCUGCAAUGUGGGAGCUUGUAGACAUGCAUUAGAGGUCUCUUGCUAUCCAUCCUGCAACUACGUGGCAACAUCUACGCAUGGAGAAAUGCAUUGGCUGGUUAGGGGAGAUGACAAAUCGGCACAUAUACUUUCUUUUGACUUCAAGAACGAGGAGUUCUAUUGGACUCCUCAUCCCCUUGCCUUAAAGAAAAAGCCGAAUCUUUCGUUUUUUGUUCACUUGCUUAAUUUCAGGGGAUCUUUGGCCCUAGUGGAUGUUUCUUCGUUAGAUAUAGAGAUAUGGGUAUUGGGAUUGAAAAAUUAUGAUGAUAAGAAGAAACGGGAGUGGGUGCUAAAGUACAAAAUAGAUAUGCAACAACAUCCUCUUUGUUUUGGGAGUCAUGAGCCUUGGCAUUUCAAGUUUGGCGAGUGGGAGCAAGGUAUAUUUUUCCACGAGGAGAACUAUCUUGGUAGGAGGAGUAUAUUCUUUAUGGAUCUAACAUGUAUGUCCAUUAAGAGUGUACUAAUCAAAUAUAGACAAGAUUCUACGGUCUAUAGUUGUACCGACAGCAUGAUUUCUCUAAAGAAUUAUGGAGAUUUGGUUGAAGUAGAAGAACAAAGGUACUCAACAUUUAUUUUUGAGAAUGAAGCAAUCACCUCCUAUGAAGACGACUAG